GCACCAUGGUAACCGAGCAGGAGGUGGAGGCCAUCGGGCGCACGCUGGUGGACCCCCAGCAGCCCCUACAGGCCCGCUUCCGGGCGCUUUUCACGCUGCGUGGACUCGGGGGCCCUGAUGCUAUUGACUGGAUCAGCCGGGCUUUUGGUGACGACUCGGCGCUGCUUAAGCAUGAGCUGGCCUACUGCCUGGGACAGAUGCAGGACGCGCGCGCCAUCCCCGUGCUGCUGGACGUGCUGCGGGACACGCGCCAGGAGCCCAUGGUGCGCCAUGAGGCAGGGGAGGCACUGGGGGCCAUUGGAAACCUGGAAGUUCUAGAGAUCCUGAAGCAGUACUCCACCGACCCUGUGGUUGAGGUGGCCGAGACGUGUCAGCUGGCAGUCCGGCGGUUGGAGUGGCUCCAGCAGCACUGUGGGGAGCUAGCAGUGGGGCCAUACCUCUCGGUGGACCCAGCCCCACCAGCAGAGGAGCGAGAUGUGGGGCGACUUCGGGAAGCACUGCUGGAUGAGGCCCGGCCACUCUUUGACCGGUAUCGAGCCAUGUUCGCCCUGCGCAACACGGGUGGUGAGGAGGCCGCCCUGGCUCUUGCCGAGGGCCUGAGCUGCGGCAGCGCGCUCUUCCGCCACGAAGUGGGCUACGUCCUGGGCCAGCUGCAGCACGAGGCAGCCGUGCCCCAGCUGGCGGCCGCGCUGGCCCGCCACGCCGAGAACCCUAUGGUGCGGCACGAGUGCGCCGAGGCCCUGGGUGCCAUCGCCAAGCCCGCCUGCUUGACGGCACUGCGGGCUCACGCCGAAGACCCCGAGCGCGUGGUGCGAGAGAGCUGCGAGGUGGCCCUGGACAUGUACGAGCACGAGAGCGGGCCCUCCUUCCAGUACGCGGAUGCGCUCGAGCGGCUGCGCCCGCCCCCCUCCUAGAGACCCCGCCCCCGCCCCGUGGAG